CUGGGCACGCAGCCGGGGCGGUUGAGGGCGCACAAUUCCCUGCCGCUCUCCCCGGGAGACAGACGGCAGGGCGGGCACCUGGCUGGGUGGGGCCGAGGGGCGGUACGCACCCGGGGGGAAGCCAAUGAGAAAACCAGGCCCGGCCCGAGGGGCGGUGCUGUCGGUCACAUGCGCACCUGGGACCGCCGGCGGCGGUGGCACGGGCACCCCGAGCGGGAGGAAGGGAACGGGGCCGGGCCGGGGCGGGGUUAGGCAGGUGACUGACAGGCUCCGGGGGGCCGGCCCCAGCUGGGAGCCGCGAGCGAUCCAGGAGUAGCUGCGGCGGUGUCCGCCCCCUCCCUCCGCCCCUCCAGCCGGCUGGUCUCUGGCCGGCCACUGUCGCGGGCCCCCCUGGCCUGGCCACCUCCCUCUCCCCUGGCCCGCAAAGUUUGUGGCGAAGCCGGCGUCGGGCAGAGCGCGCCCCGGGGGAGAUCCAGGAGCUCCCGAUGUCGUGCUGCGGGAGCCGUUGACCCGGGGACGCCGCGGUUUGGGGCAGCAGCGUGGAGCAGCCGGCCGCCUGCGGUCUCCGGUGCAUGGGGACCGGCUGAGAAGCCAGCAUGGGCAACUGCGUGGGGAGACAGCGCCGGGAGAGGCCGGCUGCUCCGGGACACCCCCGCAAGCGAGCAGGACGGAAUGAGCCCUUGAAGAGGGAGCGGCUCAGGUGGAAGAGUGACUACCCCAUGACGGACGGGCAGCUGCGGAGCAAACGAGACGAGUUCUGGGACACAGCUCCUGCCUUUGAGGGCCGCAAGGAGAUCUGGGAUGCUCUCAAGGCGGCCGCCUAUGCUGCUGAAGCUAAUGACCAUGAGCUGGCUCAGGCCAUCCUGGAUGGAGCCAGCAUCACUUUGCCUCAUGGAACCCUUUGUGAAUGCUAUGAUGAGCUGGGCAAUCGAUACCAACUGCCCAUCUAUUGCCUGUCACCACCCGUGAACCUGCUGCUGGAGCAUACGGAGGAGGAGAGCCUGGAGCCUCCUGAGCCCACCCCUAGUGUGCGCCGAGAAUUCCCACUGAAAGUACGCCUCUCCACAGGCAAGGACGUGAGGCUCAGCGCCAGCCUGCCCGACACAGUGGGGCAGCUCAAGAGGCAGCUGCACAGCCAGGAGGGCAUCGAGCCAUCCUGGCAGAGAUGGUUCUUCUCUGGGAAGCUGCUUACAGACCGCACACGGCUCCAGGAAACCAAGAUUCAAAAAGACUUUGUCAUCCAGGUCAUCAUCAACCAGCCCCCACCACCCCAGGACUGACAGACAGCUGACUCCUGGGAAGAGAGGCCAUGGAGGUCCCCUGCAGGCUGUGGGGCCUGGGCCUGGUGCACAAGGCCCCGGGCCUGUGGCUGCCUUCCAGCGCUGUUGUCUUCUUCAGGGGCACCUCCUGCCACCCUGCUAUAUGGCUCUUAGUGAGCCACGAAGGGACUUGCCUUCCAGGGUGCUGGAUCCACAGUGCUACCUGCCACACACAGGCCUGGCCAACCUUGUCGGGUUGGUGCCGUGGGGGCCGGCCUGCAAACCCUGGACCCCAGAUCUGUCAUCUGGUACCACCACUGUGCUCACUCCAGUUUUCUGCUCAGGGUUGGAAGCAAUUGCUGUCUCCCCCUCUUUGUCCCUCACUAUGACUGCUCUGGGCACAGUGCCAGUCCCCUGGAGGGGAGGGAAUCACCAGUGAGCCCCAGGGCUUGGAGAGCUUGAGGCGGGCCUCUCUGCCUCUCCCUGCACCCAGCACAAUCGGCAGAGAUGAGGCGGCUUUAUGGCAGUGGUCUGCACAGGGCCAUCCCCAACGGUAACCCAGGCAGGGUCGGCUCAGUAGCCUGGUCAUGGCCCCAGCAGGGCCCUGUGUACAGACACAUCUGCAUUUUAUCAAUAAAGCCUUUUGCUCCUCCUCA